AUGACGUCGGGAACGCGAACGCCGACAUGGAAAGAGAGAGAGAAUAACAAACGGCGAGAGCGGCGAAGACGCGCGAUUGCGGCUAAGAUCUUCGCUGGACUUAGGAUUCAUGGUAACUUCAAGCUUCCUAAACACUGCGACAACAACGAAGUACUUAAAGCUCUCUGUAAUGAAGCUGGUUGGACCGUAGAAGACGACGGUACAACUUACCGGAAGGGAUGCAAACCAAUGGAUCGAAUGGAAUUCAUGAAUGGUUCGACAUCGGCGAGUCCUUGUUCAUCGUACCAACCGAGUCCUCGUGCUUCCUACAAUCCAAGCCCUUCAUCUUCGUCAUUCCCUAGUCCAACGAACCCAUUUGGUGAUGCUAACUCACUAAUCCCAUGGCUCAAGAACCUCUCUUCAAACUCACCUUCAAAGCUUCCAUUCUUCCAUGGAAACUCGAUAAGCGCACCCGUGACUCCACCAUUGGCUCGAAGCCCUACUCGUGAUCAAGUAACCAUCCCUGACUCAGGAUGGCUCUCAGGGAUGCAAACACCACAGAGCGGACCGUCUUCUCCAACAUUCAGUUUAGUUUCAAGAAACCCGUUUUUCGACAAAGAGGCUUUUAAAAUGGGAGAUUGUAAUUCACCAAUGUGGACUCCUGGACAAAGUGGAAACUGUUCUCCAGCUAUUCCUGCUGGUCUUGAUCAAAACUCUGAUGUGCCAAUGUCUGAUGGAAUGGCGGCUGAGUUUGCGUUUGGUUGUAACGCAAUCACUGCGAUUGGAAUGGUUAAGCCUUGGGAAGGAGAAAGGAUACAUGGAGAAUGUGUUUCAGAUGAUUUAGAACUUACACUUGGAAACUCAAGAACCAGAUGA